GACUAGGCGUUCCGGAAAAGGAAAAGCGGGACGGGCGAGCGGGGCGGGGAAGGCCGGAAGGGAUAAAAGCGCAGCCGCCGGCCCCGCGAGCCUCAAGGUCUCGGGAUCGCUGCGGGCUCUCACCUUGCAGCUCCAGCCUCUUGCCUGCGCCCCGCGCCCCGCGUCCCGCGUCCGAGCCGACCAUGGCCGGGCCCCUGCGCGCCCCGCUGCUCCUGCUGGCCAUCCUGGCCGUGGCCCUGGCCGUGAGCCCCGCGGCCGGCGCGAGCCCCGGGAGGUCGCCGCGCCUGUUGGGCGGCCCCAUGGACGCCAGCGUGGAGGAGGAGGGCGUGCGGAGCGCGCUGGACUUCGCGGUCAGCGAGUACAACAAGGCCAGCAACGACAUGUACCACAGCCGCGCGCUGCAGGUGGUGCGCGCCCGCAAGCAGAUCGUAGCCGGGGUGAACUACUUCUUGGACGUGGAGAUGGGCCGAACCACAUGUACCAAGAACCAGCCCAACUUGGACAACUGUCCCUUCCACGACCAGCCAAAUCUGAAGAGGAAAGCAUUCUGCUCUUUCCAGAUCUACAGUGUGCCUUGGCAGGGCAUAAUGACCUUGUCGAAAUCCAACUGUCAGAACGCCUAGGGGUCUAUACCAGGCUGGCCUGUGCCUGCUACGUGUUACGCACACCUCCACCCCUGUAGUGCUCCCACCCCUGGACUGGUGACCCCCGCCCUGGGGAAGGUCUCCCCAUGCUCCUGCACCAGGAGACAGAGAAGGUGGCAGACAGAUGCCUUUGUUGCUCGGCAGGGGGUGCUGCCCUCCCCCCUUCCUUCUUGCUUCCCACAGCCCCUGUGUGCCCCGCACACCCCACCCACCCACCUCCUGCAAUAAAACAGUAGCAUCGCC